AUGGCUACUCAACUCAUGGGCGAAGCUCUAAAUGCCCUCGUUCGACGAGCGGCCGAGGACACUGAUCCUGAUGAAUCUCCCGAAGCAGGGUCAAAAGAGAUCACUAGCUCUUGGGCGCUGUUUAUCAUGAUUAUGCUCCUCAUGUUCGCACUGUUCACCAGCUACAUCUUACAACAGAGGAAGAUCCAAGCGGUUCACGAAACGGUUCUGUCUAUCUUUGCGGAAGUGACCGGUCUUGUCUCCAUGCGACCUACUGACGAAAUGGCAGGAAUGUUCGUCGGAUUGAUCAUUCGUCUCUCAUCCAAAUCCAACCUUCAAGAUAGCGUCGCGUUCGACUACCAGUUCUUCUUCAACCUUCUUCUCCCUCCAAUUAUCCUCGCCUCCGGAUAUGAACUGCAUCAAGCGAACUUUUUCCGACACAUUGGCACAAUUCUGACCUUUGCAUUCGCCGGCACGUUUAUCUCGUCCAUCGUUCUUGGCCUCGUGUUAUACCUUUGGACGCGGAUCCCGCUGGACGGGCUCAACAUUUCGUUCCUGGAGGCCUUAUCUGUGGGUGCUACUUUGUCUGCCACGGAUCCAGUUACUAUUCUUGCGAUCUUCAAUCUCUACAAAGUGGAGCCCAAACUGUACACUAUCAUCUUCGGCGAAGCGCUUUUGAACGAUGCAAUUGCGAUUGUGCUCUUCGAGACGGCCCAGAAAUAUGCAGAGCAUGAUGCUGGGUCUCUGACGUUCUUGAAAGUUUUUGAAGCGGCUGGACUUUUCUUGCUUGUCUUCUGUGGUAGUAUGAUGGUCGGCGUCAUUGUCGGUAUCGCGACGGCGCUGGGACUCAAGUAUACUUUGGUCCGACGGAUGCCCAAGAUUGAAAGCUGUCUGAUCGUCCUGAUUGCCUAUGCCAGCUAUUUCUUUUCGAACGGCGUGCGAUUGUCGGGAAUUGUCUCGCUCUUGUUCUGCGGUAUCACAUUGAAGCACUACGCCUACUACAACAUGUCUCGCAGGACACAGUUGACGACCAAGUACCUCUUCCAAGUUAUGGCGCAACUAUCAGAGAAUUUCAUUUUCAUUUACCUGGGCCUGGAUUUGUUUGUUGAAUCCAACCUCCAUUUCAACCCCCUAUUCAUCCUUGUCUCGGUCUUUGGUAUCUGUCUUGCCCGUUACCUGGCCGUCUUCCCCCUUUCCAAGGCGCUGAACUGGUUUAUUCGGUACCGAGCCCGACGCCGCGGGAUUGAAGUUGCUGACGAAUUGCCAUUCGCAUACCAGGCUAUGCUCUUCUGGGCGGGUCUUCGUGGUGCAGUGGGGGUGGCACUUGCCGCUGGACUCACGGGCGUCAAUGCACCCACGUUGCGGGCUACAAUUCUCGUCGUUGUGGUGCUGACUGUGAUUAUCUUUGGAGGCACCACUGCACGCAUGCUGGAGAUCCUUGGCAUUCGCACGGGGGUCGCCGAGGAGAUUGACUCGGAUGACGAGUUUGACAUCGAGGUGACCAAUGGUGGCACGUACUACAAGCGGGCUGACACUGCGCUCGGGUACACGCCCCGACGUAACGAGCCUGGCAUUGCGCUCGAUGGGGUUUCCCAACCAGCACGCGGAGGACUUGACCGAGGCAACAGCUACUCGACUGGUAACAACCGCCGGUCCAGCCCAGCCCUGGGACACACUCGAAUGUAUUCGGCGGCGUAUGGUCCCAAAGAUGCGUCAUCGAAGCGAGACCGCUCGUCGACGGCCACGCUUCUCAAUAGCGGCGCGGGGAUAGGCGGCGGGGGUAGCGAUGACGAUCUUGGGCUCCCGUCCAACGGCAAGGGACGCGCUGGUCCAGUCGCUCAUCCGGAUGAGUUUGAUUUGGACUUGGACGGUCUUUCGGACGACGAUCUUCCUCCCGCUGCCGGCAAUGCAUCUCGACAACGUCGUACCUCGUCUCAUCCCUCGACGGGCGCGCAUACCCCAUCUCCCCACCACGCCUCGGCCAGUGUGUCUCCUGCUCGUCAACCCCAAGGGAUCAGUGCCCGCGAAGCCUUGCGCGAGCUCUGGCAAGGCGGUGCGUCCGGGGACCAUGCCGCAUGGUUCCGACAGUUGGACGAGGAUUAUAUCAAACCGAAGCUCCUUCUUGAUCAGUCAAACCAUAAGGGUCCCGGUGCCGUUUGA